CUUAGAUACCUAGAUGAUACUCCAAGCAAUAAAGAUGAAAACACGAAGCGGCUCAAUGAGCUGCUCCAGGACUUGCCACCGAACGGGAUUAACGUUCAUACGGAUGAUUUCUUGCGACAAACUAUCCUGCACGUCGCUGUUCUGGAAGGCCUUGAAUGGGCGGUCAAAGCUCUUCUCGACAAGGAGGUCGACGUCAACGCAACUGAGUACGAAGGGUGGUCUCCCCUACAUUGAGCUUCUGAGAAUGGACGCAUAGAAAUCGCGAAACUGCUAUUGGGAAAAGGCGCCAGCCCCCAAGCGGUCAAUGGCGUGGGGGAUAUGCCUCUUCAUCUUGCGGCCGAGAUCGGCGCUGAAGACAUGGUUAGGUUGUUUAUCGAAGGAAAUGAAUGCUCUAUUGAUGCUAUUGGGAAAUGGCGAAUGACGGCAUUACACCGCGCUGCUUGGCAGGGACACAAUGGCAUUGUCAAGUUUCUUCUUGGCAAAGGAGCAAAACACGACUUAAGAGACGUGGAUGGGUGGACUCCACUGAUGGCAGCAACGAGGGAAGGACAUCUUACUAGCAUGAAGGAAUUGCUGAUUAGUAAAGGAUAUGAACAAGCCAAUAUUCGGGACGAUGCAGGUAAAACGCCAUUCUUAGUGUCGGUUGAAGACGGGGAGUUGGAUUCCGUGUGUGUGUUCUUGAACAUGUCCGACAAAAAUAAGCGCGAUCCUGAUGUCUAUCAGAGACUUCUUUCAUAUGAGGCCCAAAACGAAGACGAUGCUCAACAAAUUCAAAAACCCAUCUUUGACGCUCUAAAGGAGGACAAACAAGGUUUCAACGAGGCUCUUCUCUGGGCGGCAGCAAAAUUUGAAAGGCAUAAGGUGGUAAAAAAGUUUCUUAUCUGGAGAAACGAGCAGGAACCAUCUCCGCAGCCCAGUGCUAUUGAAUUAGCUACUGGUCAGAAAAAUCCAGACCUGCUCUGGUGGCUUAUUGCAACAUCCCCACGCACUCCUGAUAUCACCAAAAAUAUCGAGUCGGCCGGGAUAAUAGCAAAAAAGGCCCAGAAAGAACAGGAAAACCCUAGGGGUGGGAGGCCGGAUACUAAGCGUGGCAAUAAGAACAAAUACGAUAAGGACGCCUAUGAUGACCAACCACCUACAGAUGGAAAUCAGUCCACCGGUUGGGAGGCCAUAGUAGACAUCUUGCAGGAUCCCCAAAUCGCACAGGUGUAUGAGGAUAGUGCUAUUUUGAAACCUCCGCGGCCCAAACCCGAGCAUCUCGAGAUUCUGAAAGAUUUCAAAAUACUCAUAGCCAGAUUCUACAAAUCUAAAACCGUCUCUAGCACUAUCCGGAGGACGCGAGACCUGAAACAUACUGUGUAUGACAAAGGACCCGCGCAAGUAAUGACGACGGCAAUUUCCAAGCUCGAGGACAUUAUGGAUAAGAGCCUCGAGAAUAGGAAUGAUACUACUAAGUCUUCCCGAUUUCAAGCUACAUAUGGCGCAGACAGUCUGAAGUUUACGUAUGUCCACAUACCAUCUACGAAUAUGGAUUGGAUGAAGGACCUACUAUUGAGAAUCAUGGUUGACGAAGGCAAUAAUGCUACCAGCUACCACGAGGUCAGCUCCUUUUUGCAAAGUACCUGGUUUGAAAUCCCAGAUCGGACUUCUGGGUCAAGGUUUAUGAGGCCACAGUUUGUGGAGAGGAUACCAAUACCGCCUACUAGCAGGAGGCAAGACAAACAUUUACCACCGGAACAGAAAGAAGACCAGAAAGUGGUUGAUACCAAUGAUGCACAGCAGUGGGACAGUGUCCAGGAAGGUGAAAAUCAUGAGGCUGACCCUCAGGAACUUAAUGAACGAGAGGCAAUGAAAGAAAGAGCGCAGGAGGGUUGUUUUAUCCCUAGCUCAGCACUUUAUAUGCCUUUUUUGUCGUUCGCCACACAGACAGAGUUUGCCAACGAAGCCCCAGGCAAGAAGUCUAGGGAAUUGAUACAGAAAUAUAGAAAUUCCGUUGUGCAUAGCUCCGCGACUCUUGAUGAGGCAUACUAUCACUUUAAAUCGGGAGAUAAAAUCCAAACCGACCAAUCCGUUCGAAACCGCGGCCAGGUUGUCACCAAACAGUUAGGCUAUCACCCCAAGAAGAACCAGGCCGAGCCCUGGCCACUGCUACGUGUUAAUCAAAUUUGGAUUUGGACGAUAGCCGACGGAUGGGUGAUUACCGGUACUUCACAUCCAGUCGACGACGUCGAGCAGUCCUGGCUUGAAGGAUUCACCGAGCAUCUCAACAAACAAAUACAGGCUGGGGGGGCCCAAUCUCAACCCGGGUCUACCAAAGACAUGAUGAAAGCGACUGUAGAAUAUUGUAUUGGGUCCUAUGAGAGGAGGCGGGCUUACAACCGUCCCGAUGACGGUGCAAGCGAUCUGUAGAUCCGGCAACUCUUUUCGAAUUAUAUAAAUUCCAUCGGAAGAAAGGAGACAGAUCUCUUCACCAAGUUUCAACGGCUCGAGAAUAAGUUUAGAGAAGCUAUCAGAGAAGCUGAAACGCUAUUUGGCGAGAU